AUGCGUUCAAGUAGUUCCCUCAAACAGAAACGUAAAGCCGAUGAUAAAGCUUAUUUAGUAGACUCUAUUAUCGACGAACGAUACAUAAAAAAUCAGAAGUAUUACAAGGUUCGUUGGCUUGGAUUUCCCCCGAAUGAAGAUAGCUGGGAACCCGAGGCAAAUCUAACACGUGUUCGUGAACUAAUAAGAGAGUUCCACCUUAAAAACAAAUCGCCUUCUACUUCCCGUCAACAUUCUUCCACGAAGAAGAGACCUGAAGUGUUCAGUAAAGCACAUUCUUCAAAAUCUAUCCAGGAACCACCUUCUCCAAGUAAGCGCCGAAUGACUAAAUCUCGAACAGGGCACUUUGAAUAUGUACCCCAAAGUGAGCUUGUCGCCAAAAAAACCAAGUUUUUCGAUGAUAUUCGUGAUGGAAAAAUUGACUUAACUUUGAACGACUUAUAUUCACGGGUGAAGACCAGAAGAAGAUGCCGUAAUGACAUCUCUGGACAAAAUGACGAUAAUUCCCUUAGUCGGCCCUCCAGCCUCACAGAACUGAAUGAGUGCAGGGGUGCCCUUCAAACCACGCCCACAAGACACAGUGAACCUCCCACACCGAAAACUUUUGUACACUCUGCUAAUGGAUCUAUGGACGAAGCGAAGUCUGUGAUUCCCGACUCAACUUCUAGUCACCUAUUCCAAUCUCAACUGCAUACUUCAAGUAAAAGCGGUUCUAGCAUUUCAAAACAAAUCUCUCGUCCAUUAUCCACUUCUCUACGCCACGUCAAACGACAGUAUGCUCCUUACGAAAAUCGCAGUAAACGAAAUAUUUCUUUUGGAAGCUGUCAUUUUCCUGCAUCUAAGACGUCGGUUAAGGAUCCAGCAGGAGAUUCUUCAAUCGGUCUUACAGAUGAGGAUCCGUCUGAUGCAUUGGAUAAAAUUGGGUUCCCAUCCAAUUCAAAAAAAGUCUUGCUACAGAAAGACCUCGAAGUGCAUCCGGAGGCAGUUGCACUAUCUGGUGCGCAAACAGUAGCAACACCUACCCAGUCGCGUCCAACCGUACCAUCUUCGUCUGUACUCAUGUCUUUUUACCUGGACUUAACCAAUCGUUGUUCUAGUCAUUUAUCAACAGAGGGAGAGGAUCUCCUGUCAGAUUUUCCCAUAGUUCAGCCACUUGAUGAAGGGGUAUUGUUGAGAUCACAAAAGGACCUUCUGCUUGCCAUCAAUAAUCAACGCUGGACCCUCCUUGCCACUCAGCCUAUCGAAAAAAUCGCUGCUGAUCAUACCGGCCCCAUGAAUGCGAUAUCGCAACACCCUCUAGUUGCUGCUAUUAUUGGUGGUGAAGGACGACCAUUUCUUCUUAGGCGGUUGCUCCUAGCCGGCAACGACCCAAAUUUCAUUGACCCCAUUUCAAAAUGGCCUCUUCUUUUAAUUGCUGUGUACUAUGGACGUAUACAGGCUGCACGAGUUCUUCUUGAAUUAGGAGCUCAACCAAAUGCUGCAAUUCUUGUUGAAGGUAAACGAGUAACUGCUUUGGGAAUGGCGAUUGUAACGGGGAACAUCGAUAUGGUCUCACUCCUCAUCCUCAGUGGUGCAAAUCUCUACCAGGUCAAUGAUGAUGCGAGUGCUGCUCAAUUCAUUAUUCAAAUUCUCCAAGCUGUGGCUUCAAAAACCUCCUACGAAGCAACGGUAAAAGCGCCACCGGGUUUCACAACUGAUCCAAAAACAAUCAGAAGGCAACUUGAAGAACUGCUAAAACCCCCUUCAAUCCCAAUCAUUGAACCUUCAGAGGGCAAGGUUCUUCCUCGUUCUCCUUACGACUUUCUUUCACCUCCAUCCUCAUCCACAACACCCGCCUCCACUUCCCUCCUGAUAUCCUUCGAUGGUCAAAAGCCACAUUUACCGUCUGCUGACUCCCUCCAUUGUAUGCAUAGGCUUGUCAGUUCCUGCCACGCACGCCUCUUUAUUGCUCUUGAUCGUGUGGUGACUCAGUGGCUGCACAACGUGGGAAUGGUUGUUAGCUCAAGGCUGCUGCCAGGACAGUGGAUUCAUCUAGACGGAAGCUCCUUCACGCUCAACUUCCCAACUCCUCAAAAUCCAGCCACUUUCAGUGAAGCAUCAUCGGUCCUUGUCCUUUUCCUUGUUCACGGGACUGUGACCCCUCCAGGUUGUUACCAUGUUUGGCUAGAUGACGAUGGGCCCUGCCUUGUGAAGCGAGUCCUGCUAGGUGAUGUUGAACAGAGGCCCUUGGCACGGCAGUACUUCGUCUCCACUUUGCUCCCGAUUGAUUAUGAGAAAGAGAAUCAAUGUAUUUGUGUCUACUUCUCAAAUACAGAGAGGGGUACUUGCAUAGCUCCGCUUGUACUUCGCCUUAAGCCUGUAACGGGUCGGCAGCUCCAGAAUACAAGCAAGGACAUUCAAGAGACUGCCGAAAUGCCCCGUCUGAGAUCCCUCCCGUCUACUUCCAGCCUACGACCGAGACCGCAUUAA